UAUUUUUAAAAAGGGAGGUGCUGAGAUCUCCUUUCCGCCUGAUUGGCCGAACUUGACAGUGAUUGACGUGCAUCCAUGGCAACCGGGCAGCCAAUCUGCCAAGUCCAAUAGGAAAUCAUCGGAGGGGGCUUGACUGUCUUUUUCUCCCCCCUUGAAAAAUACAUCUCGGCUCCGGCUUUAAUUCUUUCGUAGGCUACUUUCAAUCCCAGCCUACCUUGAAAAAUACAUCGCUGCUCCGGUUUUAAUUUUCUUGCACCUUCAGCCCUUUGCCUGCCAAGUUUGCCAAGCGCGAGGAUGCGGUAGCCGGCCCCCACGCAGCAUCGUUCCUUCCUCCGCGGCGCUUGGUGUUUGCGUUUUUCACGGCUGGUCAGGCGACUGGUUCGGUAACUUUGGGAUUGCCUUGUUUUUUUGGGGUGUCUUGGAUUGCCUUGGCGCACGGAAAGAAGACGCGGAGGACUCGACGCGGAGGAGAGAGAGAGAGAGAGAGAGAGGAGAAAGGAGGGGGAGAGGGAAACACAGGAGAAGCCUCCAUGUUUCAGCUGCCCAUCUUGAAUUUCAGCCCCCAGCAGGUCGCCGGGGUCUGCGAGACUCUGGAGGAGAGCGGGGACGUCGAGCGCCUCGGCCGCUUCCUCUGGUCGCUUCCCGUAGCGCCAGCGGCCUGCGAGGUCCUCAACAAGAACGAGUCGGUGUUGAGGGCCCGGGCCGUCGUCGCCUUCCACACCGGCAAUUUCCGUGAACUUUACCACAUCCUGGAGAACCACAAGUUCACCAAAGAGUCGCACACGAAGCUGCAGGCGCUCUGGCUCGAAGCGCACUACCAGGAGGCUGAGAAGCUGCGGGGACGCCCGCUGGGGCCGGUGGACAAAUACAGGGUGCGGAAGAAGUUCCCCUUACCCAGAACCAUCUGGGAUGGAGAGCAGAAAACCCACUGCUUCAAGGAGAGAACCCGGCACUUGUUAAGAGAAUGGUAUUUGCAGGAUCCCUACCCGAACCCCAGUAAAAAGAGGGAGCUUGCACAGGCUACUGGACUUACACCCACACAAGUAGGAAACUGGUUCAAAAAUCGCAGACAAAGAGACAGAGCGGCGGCUGCGAAGAACAGGCUCCAGCAGCAGGUCCUGUCCGGCGGCUCGGUUCGAUCCCUGGCGGACGAGGACGGCACCGUGGACCGCUUGGGGAACUCGUCCAGUCCGGAGGCCAGUCUCUCCAGCAAAGCAGCCGCCUCGGCCAUCUCCAUCACCUCCAGCGACAGUGAAUGUGACAUCUGACGGGCAGAUCGAGGGUGUUGAUGAAUUAAAGAGGGAUACGAGUGAAAGACAAUCUAAUAAAACAAGUCAUAGUGCCUGCGUUGAGUUAAAAAAAAAAAAAAACACAUACACACAUACACAGACACAUACAAACUGAUAUUGACUGAUAUUUGACGGCUGCCAAAACAUGAGGGGAUGUGAUCUGACUGCCCGUCCUUAUCCUUUUAGACCUACUAUACUUUUGUUUGCGUUUUACCCACGUGUGGAUAACUGAACUUAAUACGGACGAAUCAUAUUCACGGACUAAUAAACCAACGCCCCGAGAUGAAACGUAAAAAAGAAGAAAGAUUUAAAAAAAAAAAAAAAAAAAAAAAAAAAAAAAAAAGGAAAAGGGAUGAAUGCAUCCGAGCGCCUAUAACCUGCUGUUCUCUGUGGGUAUUUCAUGUUGAAAAAGAACUGUGAUAUUUUUACUUUACUUUCAAAGUUUUAUAAAUAAUGUUUAUUUGCCUAUUUAAAACGAUCUGCUCUGUCUCUUCGAAUUUCAUAUUCAUUUGCUUGGUGUUUUUAAUACUUACCUUGUACACAGGUGAACCUGUUGAGCAUGCGCGCUUUAGUGAAAAUGUGUUUCCGUAAAAGAAAAAAAAAAAGUAAAGAUAACUUAAUAAAAUAAUUGUUGAUGAAGAGAGUAUAAAUUUUAAUUUUUUUUUUUUUUUUUUGCAUUGUCGUGUGGAAAAAAAAGACACAAAGUGAUCAAUAAAAUUGGAAAAUAUUAAUAUUGUUAUAUAAAAUCCUCUUGGCUGUUUUCAUGAAGAGAAAACUUUUCGUGAUAUCACACCGCUAUAUUCCCUGACACGUUUUAGAGCGAGGCCUAAUUGGCCAACACGCUUGGUGUCCUGUAACGCAGGGUGACAGCGAGAGGUCACGGAGAGGCCGACUCACUAACCCGGAUGAUCUGCGAGAGAGCUCAUACAGAUCAAAACACAACAGAUUGUGGAAAUGAGCUUUAGACGAUAGAGAAACAGGCAUCUUAAAUCGUGCAAGUGUCCAUUUUCCCAAGACACCCAGGCUGUGGUCUAGUAAUCAGCAGCACGGUGCAAAUGCAUCUCUGCAACGAACAUAAAUAAAAAAGGGUUACAGCCCCCCUCAUGACAGGUUUAUUAUGGUUAAAUCAGUAUCAUGUUUUGUUGAAUUUGUGUAGCGCUAAUGCACAAAUAUAGCAUUAUCUUACAAUUACAAAUUAUGGGCUAUCUGUUUAUUUCAUAGAUUAUUUUUUCAUUUAAAUUGAAAACAGGUUUAUGUUUUCUGCUCGAUUUAGCAGUCUAACUCCUUCAAUGUAAUUUCACACUAUAGAGAAUUAGCCUAACACAAUAUAACAGCUACUACUCUCCUCUAGUGCUAUAGCCUAAAGCUAUUAUAUUUUCUGCAACAGGUAAUUUUUGACUAACAUAGAUAUUUACUUAUUUUUGCAGCAUCCUUCGAAAUUUAAAUCUGGGAUUAUAAAAUCCUUCUCCGGGGUGAAAACAAUAUCAGUAAAAUAUAUUUAUCUGCACAGAGUAGUAAACAUUUCAACUGGACUAAGAGACUUAAAACCAGAACAAAUUGCUCACUGCUAAGCCCAUGUGUAGUGACAACCGGGAUAAAGCAAAGUGAGCAAAAGCAGACAAAAGCAGAAGUUAAAGUUGAGCUUUUCCGACUGAUGGGACAGACACCUGGUUCCCUCCUAUUUGCAAUUAAUGAGGCAACAGUAACUUCUUAAACAGACAAAAGUCUGUCAGCUGGAACAACACAGAGGCUAAAUCUGUAUGGAGAGAGAGGAAACAAGUGAAGGGAAAUAAAUGGGGUUGGGAGGCUUUUUUUUUCUUUCUUUCUUUCUUUUUUUUUACUUUUGCUGCCUCUCUUUCAAGACACGGGGACAAAAUGGCUGAAUAUUUCCGUUUCUAUUGAAAAUAAGGACGACCGGGGGACUAGAUGAAAAAGUCUUUCUCGCAGUCAAUAAGGUUGUCAAACUGGUCAGCGGUAAUCAGUGCUAAUGAUGGUCCCGGUCCCUGCUCAGACAAAAGGGGCCCUGCCGCUGUUUUGUGAAGGGAAGCGACCGCGGUCCCUCUCCAAAGAAAAGACUCCUGUGAGGGUAGUCUGGGGCACGGAAAUCACAACUUUAGUGUGUGUGUGUGAGAGAGAGAGAGAGAGUGUGUGUGUGUGUGAGAGAGAGAGUGCGUGCGCGUGUGCGCGCAGUAUAGCGUGAGCUCAUGGCUUGGCCUAUUAAAAGGAUUUAAUUACCAGUUGAUUGUUUUCUUACUCGUAGUAGCCUGCUCACAAGCUCAGCACAUUGACUGAACGUCCGUAAUUUCAUAAAUUAUUUAGCAGGCUAUAGUUUGUGGGCUGCUGUAAAUCAAUUAAAAUGCCUCAUCUUUUUUAUUUUUAUUUUUUAUUAUUACUAACCUAACCUUGGCAAACAUCUCAUCUUAUAUCUCAGUAUGGUGUGCAGAACUUGUGCAAAUUUUUAAUCUUCAGACUAUCUGACAAGUUAAGGUUUGUUAGAUAAGUGCUGUUAACUUGUGUAAGUAGAUGCUCUAUCAGCUUUGGUUAUGACAAGUUGAAGGCCGCGCUGCAGCCUUCACUAUACGUCUUCAUUGUGAUUGAAUCUGUCAACCUCGCCCUGUGUGCAGUCACUCUGGAGCGCGCUAUACUUUGUUAAAUGACUUCAUGUAUGACAACUGGCUGUCUGCAGAACUGCUGCAUCUGAAUGAAGUGGAGCCGUAUGCGAAGCUAUUUUUGAUAAAGACACAAACUGGUUAAAAACUUUAUAAUGUAGGCUUAAACUAAAAUGCUGUAGGUGCCUUAAUAACCUAUGAGUUUAUUAUAUUAUAUAUAAUAAGACUAUAGACUACAGGUCGUAAAUCCUUCCACCACUAGCACUAAUUAAUACUUUUUAUUAUUAAUAACAAUAAUGAUAAUAACAGUAACGAUUAUGUAGCCUACAUUUGAUUUGAUAAAUUGAUUAUAACUAGGUCUAGGUACAAGAAGGAGCAUUAAAAACUAAUAAGUGAAUAAAUAAAUAAUAAAAAAAAAAAACAUAAACAUUAUGCAUUUACUCUCUUAUGUUUUAGCAAUCUGUAGAUGACUGAACUGCUACAUCACCAGAAAGCAUUGUUUCAUUACUAAGACUGUGAACUCUCUAACCAGAGGAAGGAUAAAAUGGAGCUAUAAGGUGAUGUAUGUGCAUUUUUUGAAAUAUACUACAGGGAGGAGACAGACCGAAGGUCACGGAUAAUGUACAGGCGGUUAAAAAACGCUCCAUCUGUCUCCCCUCUUGAGCUGCCACACCAAACAAGGUGAACACAACACUUGUGUAAAAGUGAAUAGAUGCCCCCUCUUUUUUUUUUCUUUAAAUAAACGGGUUCAGAUUUUUCUCCAGUUUCACAUUGUGAUUGUGGACGGAAGAAACUUUGAAGUGUGAUCUCUGCUAAAAAACCUACCAUCAUGUUGUUUUGUUAUUCCAAACCAGCAUUUACCUCGGCUCUGUGCUGUGCUCUCUGGCUCGUCAGCCUGCUGUCUCUGUCAUAUGAAUUUAAUUAUUUAAAAUCAUGACAAUCUAUGACAGUGGACUAUAAGAGCCGAUUAAGGACCCAACCUUGAUAGGAACCCGUAUUAGAGGUCGUUCACCUGUAGAACCUGCUGCCUCGCACACCUGCUUUCUGUGCGUCAGGAAGUGUAAAAUCAAAUAUGGCACUCAUAGACUCACUCCAGAAGUUUGUAUAUGAUGAUGAUAUGCACAGUACCGGGGGCUUCAGAACACGCAGCGUCUACAAGUAGCUCGGCGUUUAUCUCCCUGCGUGUGGAGGUACAGUGAUAUCACUUUGAACAUGGAGAGAAACCAGUUAGAUAUACGAGUUAAACUGGGCCCAGUGUUUUAAUUUGUCUGCGGACUCCUUUACCCGCUGCGUCACUGUAUCAAAAACGUUGCUUUUGAGCGUAAUUUUGGGGUUUCGCAGUUCGUUCAAAGAAUGUACAGUAACAUUUAUUUUAUUCAUCUUGGAGAGGUAUAUGUUUGUUUUUAAUCUUCUGAUGCUCCUCCUUUGGUGGAAUGUAACUGAAGACAUUUACUCAAAUGCAGUUUUGAGUAUUGAUUAACUGCACUUUACUUGAGUAUUUCCAUGAUACUUAGCACCACUACAUUUAUCUGCCGGCCAUUGUAGUUACUUUGCAGAUUCAAAUUAUUAAUAGCCUACAAAAUACACCCAGUGUCCACUUCAUUCGUGAACAAACUUCAAUCCAGUACAACUGUUCUGCCAUAUAGUCUUCUUUUAUGAUGCCAGUAAUGUUCAGUUUUUGGUCACACUGUCAUUGAGGUGUUAAUCAAGUUACAUGAUGUAGCACCGAGCUAGUAGUCAGUGUUGGUGUUGUACUGGACUGCUGUUAUACUCAGAGGUGUUUCUGAUAUUCUGCCCCCCUCAUGUAUGUAAAUGCAGAAAACCUCUCAAGGUAGCCUAGGUAAUAUAAUCCAGUACAACACUAACCCAACCGUUACCUCAGUAAACAUGAUUGAAUUUCACAUUUAUCCUACACAAAAACUGGACGUUAUGCGCGCUGUAAAGACCCUGUUGUAUGUUUUAUGGCACAUCUAUUGUAUUGGAUUGCACUACAUUGUACAGGUGUACCUAAUAAAUUGGCCACUGAGUGCCUGUAAUGAACUGUUAAA